AUGACCAUCAACUAUCAGAGCACGCAAUUCCCCAACGAGGACAUCUUCGUCCAGCUGCUCAAAACAGCAAGGACCUGCCAGCAUGAUUCAGUCAUUGACUUCAAUCGCGAUAUCACGGCGGAUUACACCUCCCUCUUGACCGAUGUUAUCCAGACACGUCAAACUAUUUGGAGCCAAGUCCCACGGUCGGUGUUCGAUGAGAAGGGUCUCAUCGUGCCAGACACACCAUAUAUCUUCAUUCUUGCACCUGCAAGCUACUCUUAUAUCAUUGCAUCUUUUUCGAUUCUGUCUAUUGGUGCUGCUCUGUGCACCAUGUCGACCGAAACGAAGGAAUCCGACGCCCUCCUGUCUUUGCAGAAAACAAAGUCCUCCAUCAUCCUGGCAGAUUCUAUGCACAUGAAACAAGCCUUGAAAAUCAAAGCCCGCGCGGCAGCUAAACAACAGGCCAUCCACAUUGUUCCAAUUACCGUACAAGCCCCAUCGCCCCGACACUUUUCGGAUUUGCGCACCAGCAUUGAUCCAGACUGGACCAUUGACCCGAAGCGACCCAGCGUCUUGAUCAUGACUUCCGGUACAACAGGACCCAGUAAAGCAGUUGUUCAUGGCCGAAGACUAUUUUCACUGGCAUAUUCAUUCCUGAAACCUGGAGAUGUAUUCCUGGCCCAUCGCUCUUCAGCUUGGAUUGCCGGUCUAACGCCACUUGUCUCUGGAAUAUUGCGUGGAGCUCAACUGGAGAUCGUAUCGCGAGAUAUAGCGACUAUUUGGGAUCGAUUCCAAAGUGGGAGGAUUACGGUUUUCUACUCGGUACCGUCUAUUUGGUCGGCUCUUAUGGACUACUACCAGAGCAUCAUCUGCAAUCUGCCACCGAAGAUACAUGCGGGAUACAAACAGGGCGCGAGCUAUAUCCGGCUCGCGAAUGUGACUGGUGGCUCUUUACUUCCCCAUGUGAGGCAGUUCUGGACGGAAGAGCUUCAAAUGCCUCUGGUAAUAACCUAUGCCGCCACGGAGGUCGGAGGUCUUGCGACUAUGAGAAACCCGGCUCCAUUUCCAGAUGACAAGCGCCGUGUUGGGCUCCCAAGCCGCCAUGUGUCUUUUAAACUUUCCGACGGCGAUCGAGGAGAGAUUCUCGUCAAAGGCCCAACCGUAUUCCAAGGGUAUCUUGAUAACCCGGAUGCCACUGAUGCUGCAUUUGACGAGGAUGGCUAUUACAAGACCGGAGACAGCGCAUACUGGUCAAAAGACGAGGUUGUGCUGAUGGGUCGAGAUUCAGAAUUCAUCCGAUACUACGGCCACAAAGUUUCUGUAUAUGAUAUCGAAGCCGUAAUUGGCAAAUUGCCCUAUAUUUCACAAGCUUGUGUUUUGGCUGUGCCCGUCUUCAACAAUAUCUAUACAGAACACAGAGUUGGAGUUGUCAUUCGUGUUAGCCCCUCGUCCCGAAGAUACAUCAAAGGGCUCUGCUGCGAAUGCGAUAUCACCCUCGAGAGGCUGAGAGAUGAUCUUUCACCCGAUCUGCCAUUUCAUAUGCUUCCUACGGCUAUACAUACUCUUCAUCCAGGGGAAGAAAUUCCAAAGACUGUCUCCGAUAAGUUUAAGAGAAAGGAUGCGGCGGAGAAGUUUUUCCCUGUCGGUGAAAUAAAGCUGUCAGCCAAGGCAGAAGAGUGGGAUAAGGAGUGUCAAACGAUCUAA